UCACUGUAAUGCGAAUGCUCUCUGCUAUGGGCGUCUCCCGACUCCUAGACGCGCCCGUAUUCUGAUAACCACGCCCAACUCCUGUUGUUUGCCACGCAGACCACGCCCCUUUCUUAUCAUUCUCCGCCCCUCCUUCUGCUCCCUGUCAGUUCUCCUGCUCUUGUCCCGGGAGGAUCAGUUCGUUCCCCGCUGUGUGAUGCCCGGACUCCAGCCGACUGAUCCUGUGAUGGCCGAGGAGCUGGAGGAGCAGCGCCUUUGACUAUGUCCAUAGCACCUAUCUUAUUCCUUCGUCUCCUGAAUAUCUGUGCAUUGGGCUGGGUAGAGCAACCUUGUAGAGCAGAGGGUAGGAUCUUAACAGCAGCACAAAGGAUUUCAGAUAAAUGUGCUGGUCUUGAGAGGAACAACCUUGUAUGACUGAGUAAUUGAGGAUAGUGUCAUGAAGUAGGGGAAGGUCUCAGAGUUGGUUAACUGGCUGGAUCCCUUCUUGGUGCCCAACCUCCAUGUCUCAGUUAAAAGCUGUGGAGUCCAGGAUUCUUCAAUGUAUCCGGAACAAAUUUUCUGCUCGCUAUGUCUCCUUACCUGAUCAAAAUAAGAUCUGGACACUGACAGCGAGUCCUGAGCUCCGUGACAAGACUCCACUAGUGAUGGUUCAUGGAUUUGGAGGAGGAGUGGGACUCUGGAUUCAGAACAUAGACCCUCUGAGUACGCGAAGAACCCUCCAUGCCUUUGAUUUGUUGGGAUUUGGACGUAGCUCUCGACCAACCUUCCCCGGUGAUCCAGAAGGGGCAGAAGAACAAUUUGUUUCAUCAAUUGAGCAAUGGAGGCUGGAAAUGGGAAUCAAAGACAUGAUUCUUCUGGGCCAUAGUUUAGGGGGAUUCCUAGCUUCAUCUUAUACCAUUAAAUACCCUGAUAGAGUGAAGCAUCUUAUUCUUGUUGAUCCUUGGGGCUUCCCUGUUUUACCUACAGACCCCAAUGAGGUGCGCACUCCUCCAGCCUGGGUGAAAGCCAUUGCUGCGGUUCUUGGCCGAUCCAAUCCUUUGGCAGUUGUCAGAGCAGCAGGACCAUGGGGUCCCAGACUGGUGCAGAGAUUCCGUCCAGAUCUGAAAAGAAAAUUUGAAGAGUUCUUUGAAGAUGACACAAUCAUGGAAUAUAUUUAUCACUGCAAUGCCCAAACUCCAAGUGGUGAAAGUGCCUUUAAAGCCAUGAUGGAGAAGUUUGGCUGGGCUAAGCGUCCAAUGAUGUCUCGUCUAAAUCUAAUUCCAAAAGACCUCCCUAUUACAUUUAUCUAUGGAGCUGAGACCUGGAUUGAUCAAAAUACAGGUGACAAGGCCAAACAGCUUCGACCUGAUUCUUACGUGAACACUUUGGCCAUCAAAGGUGCCUCACACCAUGUAUAUGCCGAUCAGCCGAGAGUCUUCAAUGCUGUGGUUGAAGAGAUUUGUAAUGCGGUAGAUUGAGAUCACUCUAUGCCAUCCUGAAAGGAAACUGUCCAAUAAUCUCUGAAGCUCAAGAUGAAAAGCGAAUUCUACUCUGACCUGUCUACUCAUGAUUGAGUAGGUUAGAGGACAGAAUAAUACAAUAGCUUUCUUACAGUGCCACAGUCAUGUCCCCUGCAACAUCGGCACCCAUUUUUGGUGACAUUCACCAACCUUUAUGCUUCGUGUCAACUCUGUGUCUUAGAGGUUUUCAAAGAAGAGCAAGCUCUCUUAAGUAGAGAUUGGAGGCCCCCACAACUGAUAUAAGGGCAGUAUACAGACCCCCAAGCAAUGAAUGUUUUUUGCAAAAUAAGGUUCAUAAUGGUUUUUGGAAAAGCUGAUUAAUACAUAUAUUUAGUGGUCCUUUUGUUCUGCACCAGUUACUAAAAGAAGCACAGAUCCUACUGUAUUGUGAGUUAAGGAUGUGUAAUGUAUGUGUAAGGAUGUUCUCAAAUCUGAGGGGAUCACCAUGAAUGUUGAUAGCACUACCUCUUUUCUAGGUAUCGGUAAAUGUAAGAAUCAAUGUAAAGGAUGAAUAUUGUGCCAUUUAUUGUCACAGUUUGCCAAGUAGAUUGUUUGUUUGUUUGUUUUCAGUGAGUUUAACAUUUGUAAUCCUGCUUUGCCUUUAAGCUUUGCUAUAAUGAAACCCCUUCCAUAGCCAUCCAGCUGCAAACAGGACCCUGACCAGUUUAGCUAUACAUAUUAAGAUGCAAGAAAUUAAAGAGGAAUUAACAAGAGAUGGCCAGUUCUAUGAGACAGUAUACAGAGGUCUAGGCUACCUCCUAUGUGCAAGUAACUGCAUUUAUAUGGAUUGUACUUUAAGAGGUUGUCCAGCAAACAACUUGUGUAUAGUGUCAAAAAGUAUAAUAAAGCAACACUAAUAUACUCUGUUAGCCAAUGUAAACUUAAUUACAUUUAACGACCAGUAAUACCAGCUCCCCCUUCACAUCGCUGGUCUCAUCCUGUGCUGACAGGAAGGAAGAGGGAGGGAUGGAAGCUCUUUACAUUUGUGAUAUCACAGAUUACAAGAGAGAGAGAAAGCACAACUGAUAUGGAAGAUCUUUGCCCUAUGGCUAAUAACAUUAUAUUAGUAAGUUACAUUAUUAUACACCAUACACAGGUUGUUUCUUUUGCUGGACAACCCCUAAUAUGAUUUCUGUUGUGUUAACCUUAAAUUGUACAACUUCAUGGGGUUCUUUGGACAUUAAAAAUUGAUGGUUUAUCCUCAGAAUAGACCAUCAAUAUAAGUUCAAUGGAAGCCUACUGCCAGCGCCUCCACAAUCGGCCCACUAGUGCUGCGACAUCUCCGUUAUUUUGUACUGGCACACACCAUACUACGUGUAGUGGUAGUGUAAGGUGCCGCAGCACUGUACUGUUCACGCUGGCUUUUCAAACAGCGGAUUGGUAAGGAUGCAAGGAAUCUGAUUUUGAGAAUGUUUAGGCCAUACAUUUUUUUAAUAUUCUCUUUUAACCUUUUAGACCUGAACAGAUUUAUAUUGUUUUAUGCCCAUAUGAUUCACCCCCAAUAUACACGUUUACACUUUAUAUCUGCAGAACAUCAGAUGUUCUGUGCUUAGAAGAUGUCCAGUAGCCAUAGCCUUGGGACUACCUACCUCUAUAAUCUAGCAAUUUUGUACUGUAAACAGAUCCUGUAAUGUCUCACCAUCUCAGGGCAUUACUUUUCCCCAGAGUGCCUUGAAUAUGACAGAAUACAUGUUAUUACUACUCCUGCACAAAUAUUUUGCUAUGGGACUUUCCUAUCUGUAUGGUUUCCCAGCUACCAGAACAUGCCAGUAACAUUGUUCCAUUUGAUACAUGAUGAAGGCAUGGUGGGAGUAGGAGUUUCACAAUAGCUGGAGAGCCACAGAAUGCAGAUCUAGCAUAGGAACUCCCCGAGUGAACGAGAAAACUUAAUUUGUGCCACUUUGUUGCCCCCCGCCCCUCCCCCCGCCUUAUGGCAGCCUAAGAGUAACUGCAGUUGAUAUGAUUUUUGACUCUUGAUCAUGACUUUUCUUCCCUAGUUGUGGAACUGAUAACCACUAAGAUAGGAAUAAAAUAAGGUAAGUUAUACUGUAAUUAUUAGAGAGGACUAAACUAAACUGGAUAACUUAAAACUAUGUGGAAAGAAAGCACUUGAUAGUAAGUAAAUAAUAAUUUAUGUUCUUUAUUGCUAUUUUGAGACAUACUGAAGUUUGUGGCAUUUUGCAGCACAAAGCCAGUGGUAAGGCAAUAUCUUACUCCUUACACAAUCUACGUGUGUUAUUGGUAUUUCAUAUUUGUGAUAUUUGUAAUAACAAAAUACUUGGAACUGCCCUGCAGUUCUCAUGGUGCAUUGUACAGUUUUGUUAACUUUAUAUUAAUAUGUAUUCUAAUAAAGUCCUUGUAAUCAUA